GUGAAAAAUUUGCACAUGUGGCAUGUGCAUUUUCGCCAUUUUGUUUAUAACACAAAUUCACACAAUAGAGAGUCCCCUAAACUAAAGAAGAGUUACUAGAUAAUGGAGGGUUCUCUUCUUCCUUUAGAGCUGGUAGAUAAGUGUAUAGGGAGUAGGAUACACAUUAUAAUGAAAUCCUCAGAUAAAGAGAUCGUGGGGACACUCCUGGGGUUUGAUGACUUUGUUAAUGUGGUACUGGAGGAUGUGACGGAAUUUGAGAUGACACCAGAGGGACGAAGAAUCACUAAAUUAGACGAAAUAUUAUUAAACGGUAAUAAUAUUGCAAUGCUGAUACCGGGCGGCGAGGGACCUGAAGUAUAGACCACAUCCUGGUAUAGUGUCAGUAAUGGGAGGGAUCAACACGGAAAUACACUUUUAAAAUAAUGUACUUAAAAAUAAUAAUUAAUAAUCAAUCUUUUGUUGUAACUAUUGGUUCAAAUAGUCUUUCAUUCUUACAAUA